GGACUCCCUCAGGAUUUAUGCAUCAGUUUUGAGAGCUCCUUUAAAAUCUGUCUCUCUCACCUUUAGCCUACAGUAAGCUGGACAAUACCGGAGAACCCAGCAAAGAUACACUCUGGUCCUCGAACUGAAACAAAGACAUAAAAUGUCAGCAGGAUGGCGCAAGAGUAAAGCCUGUUCACGGAGCAUUUCAGAGCAGGAACUAAAGGUGUGCGUCCUCUGUUUCCAGGUCGGAAACAGUCCAGGUAAACCCGCUACUCCACCCGAGCAGCAGUGCAAACUUUUCUAACUUUGACGCUCGAUUAUUUGGCGAAAACUUCUACAGGCAACAACGCAGAAAACUGAUGUGGAAAGUCACAGUGUUUGUGAGUGUGAUCACCAUCACGGGCUGCAUGGUUUCUCAGAGGAGAGAGGGGACUGUUGCAAUGUCAUCUCACACCACUGUUUUGGAGCUCUGUGGAAGGGAGAUGCUGGGAUGAAGUGGUUUGGCAGAAUGUCCCUCAGCAGCAAAAGGAGUAAGAGGAGGAGUAGAAGGAGCAGCUGUUGCAGCUGUAGCACUGGUGGUAAUAUUGUGCUGCUGUCCCUGGCUCUCCUGGUGACGGUGAACCUGAUUGCAGAACCUGUGGCAGCUCAAAAGCAGCGAACUGCUGGCGUCUCAGAAAAAGUGCCGGUCCUGAACAUUGCGGUGAUCCUUGGACGCACGCGUUACAUCUCAGACCGGGACAUCCGGGCGCUGUGGAGCAAGGAGGACCCCAUCGACGUCAACGUGGUCACACUGCUGGUCAACGAGACCGACCCGAAAAGCAUCAUCACCCACAUGUGUGACCUGAUGUCCGGGACCAAGAUCCAUGGCGUGGUGUUUGGGGAUGGCACUGACCAGGAGGCCAUUGCCCAGAUUUUGGAUUUUAUUUCCUCGCAGACGCUCAUACCCAUCCUGGGCAUCCAUGGGGGGUCGUCCAUGAUCAUGGCUGAUAAGGAUGUGAAGUCGACAUUCUUCCAGUUCGGUGCGUCCAUCCAGCAGGAGGCUCUGCUGAUGCUGAACAUCAUGGAGGAGUACGACUGGCACAUCUUCUCCAUUGUCACGUCAAAGUUCCCCGGCUACCAGGAGUUCAUCAAUAUCCUUAAAACUACUGUGGACAACAGUUUUGUGGGCUGGGACCUGCAGAAUAUCAUCAUUCUGGAUGCAGUUGAAGAAGACAGCCGGUCUCAGAUCAUGCUCAAGAAGGUCCAAUCCCCAGUGGUCCUGCUUUACUGCUCCAAGGAUGAGGCGGUCUACAUCCUGGAGGAGGCUCGCUCUCUGGGCCUCACCGGAUUUGGAUACAUCUGGAUUGUGCCAUCACUCACCACUGGGAACCCGGAAAUAACGCCUGACGAGUUUCCGCCUGGAAUGAUUUCGGUGUCAUAUGACGACUGGGACUACCCGCUGGAGGCACGAGUUCGGGAUGGUCUGGGGAUCAUAACGUCAGCGGCAGCAGCCAUGUUGGAGGAGUAUGGUGACAUCCCUGAAGCCAAGACGUCUUGCUACGGCCAGAUGGAAAAGACAACCAAGCUGCCACCCAGUGCGUUACAUAAGUACAUGAUGAAUGUGACAUGGGAUGGCAGAGACCUGUCAUUCACAGAAGAUGGCUACCAGGAAAACCCAAAGCUGGUGGUCAUUGUUCUCAACAAGGACAGAGAGUGGGAGAAGAUGGGGAAACUGGACAACCGGAGCCUGACACUUAAGUACCCGGUGUGGCCGCGCUUCAACUCCUUUGGUGACGCUGAGCUGGAUGACAACCACCUGUCCAUCGUCACUUUAGAGGAGAAACCUUUUGUUAUCGUGGAGGACGUAGAGAGGCUCACCGGUACCUGCAUGAGGAACUCCGUGCCCUGCAGGAAGCAUGUCAAAGACAACACAACAGAGGCUGGUGGGACAUACAUCAAGAAGUGCUGCAAAGGCUUCUGCAUCGACAUUCUGAAAAAGAUUGCAAAGUAUGUGAAGUUCACCUAUGACCUGUACCUGGUAACCAAUGGCAAGCAUGGCAAGAAGAUCAAUAACGUCUGGAAUGGGAUGGUGGGAGAGGUGGUCUAUAAGAAAGCCGUCAUGGCCGUCGGAUCUCUGACGAUCAAUGAGGAGCGUUCUGAGGUCAUCGAUUUCUCCGUCCCGUUCGUGGAAACCGGGAUCAGCGUCAUGGUCUCCCGUAGCAACGGAACCGUCUCCCCGUCAGCCUUUCUCGAGCCAUUCAGUGCAUCAGUGUGGGUGAUGAUGUUUGUUAUGCUCCUGCUGGUGACUGCAAUGGCUGUCUUCAUGUUUGAGUACAUCAGUCCUCUUGGAUUUAACAGAAACCUGGCACAGGGGAAAGACCCUCAUGGCCCUUCCUUCACCAUGGGCAAGGCUGUUUGGCUGCUCUGGGGCCUGGUCUUCAAUAACUCUGUGCCGGUACAAAACCCAAAAGGAACCACCAGUAAGUUCAUAGUGUCCGUGUGGGCCUUCUUCGCUGUCAUCUUCCUGGCCUCCUACACUGCCAACCUGGCUGCCUUCAUGAUCCAGGAGGAGUUUGUUGACCAAGUCACCGGUCUCUCCGACAACAAGUUUCAGAACCCGUACGCAUACUCACCUCCCUUCCGUUUUGGGACGGUUCCAAACGGAUCCACAGAGAGGAACAUUAGGAAGAACUACCCUGCCAUGCACCAGUACAUGGUGAAAUAUCAUCAAACUGGUGUCCAGGACGCACUUGUUAGCCUCAAAACGGGUAAACUGGACGCCUUCAUCUAUGAUGCUGCAGUGUUGAACUACAUGGCCGGCAGAGAUGAGGGAUGUAAGCUGGUGACCAUUGGCAGCGGGUACAUCUUUGCUACCACUGGUUAUGGCAUUGCCCUGCAGAAAGGCUCCUACUGGAAACGACAGGUGGAUCUGGCCAUCCUGGCCAUCAUCGGAGAUGGUGAAAUGGAGGAACUAGAAGCCCAGUGGCUGACAGGAAUUUGCCACAAUGAGAAGAAUGAGGUGAUGUCCAGUCAGCUGGAUGUGGACAACAUGGCUGGGGUCUUCUAUAUGCUGGCCACUGCUAUGGGGCUCUCCCUUAUCACCUUUGUCUCUGAACAUCUCUUCUACUGGAGGCUCAGAUACUGCUUCACAGGGGUCUGCACUGGCAAGCCUGGUCUUCUGUUUUCCAUCAGUCGGGGAAUCUGGAGUUGCAUCCAUGGUGUCCAUAUUGACAUGAAGAAAAAGACAGAUUUGGACUUUAGCCCUCAAGACAAAAUGCUUAAGCUCAUUAAGUCAGCCAAACAGAUGACCAACAUGUCUAACCUGAGCGGCUCUCGCAUGAACUCACCCAAACGUGAGUUCAUGCAUUCAGCCGGCCCUAUGAUCAUGGACAUGAUGGCCGAGAAGGGCAAUUUCAUCUAUGCUGACAACCGAAGCUAUGCUCCCAAAGACAUGAUCUAUGGGGAUACUGGUGACUUGCAGUCUUAUCUUGCUAACCGCCACAAAGACCACCUUAACAACUACAUUUUCCAAGGAGGCCAGCAUCCCCUGACCUUAAAUGAUGCCAAUCCCAACACAGUAGAGGUUGCAGUGAACGCUGACACAGUCCAAACCAAUGCCAAGCCGCCACGGACCCUAUGGAAGAAGUCAGUGGAUACGCUUCGUUCUGCUCCACCUGGGCCCUCUCCGAUGCCUGACAUGCUGAUGCCAGACCCACGAAUGUCGAUGAAGACACAGCGUUACCUCCCUGAGGACGCAGCCCACUCUGACAUCUCCGACUGUUCCAGCAGGGCGGCCUCCUACAAGGACCCAGAAAACAACAAGCACCUGAAGCCCAAGGACAACUUAAAAAAAAGAUCGGUGACGUCAAAAUACCCAAGGGAUUGCAGUGAGGUGGAGCUGUCCUACUUAAAGACUAAGCAGGUCAGCAGUGGAACUAACCAAACUGGGAGAGGAGGAGGAGGAGGAGGAGGAGGAGAGAAAAUCUACACUAUCGACUCAGACCGAGAGCUGAGUCUGCACUCAGACCCCAUUCACUACCGAGAGAGUCGUGGCCUUGCCGCGGAUGACAUGGAUUACCCCGAGAUCUAUUCUGACCACAGUGAUAACUACAGGAAGUGUGAGCAGCCCAUCAUUCAUCUGAACUCAUCGCCUUUGCAUCACACCGAUUCAGAUCUUCUACCAGACCCAACAUAUUCUAAACACUACAGCCUGAAAGAGAAAAACCUUUCUCUGUCCCCACAUGAAUCCAUUGAUCGCUACAAACAAACACACUGUCGCUCCUGCUUGUCCAAAGUGACUGCUAGCUACCCACCAGGAGGGCCAUAUACCUCUAAUGUAUCUGCCUCAGCUUCUGCCACACGCUCACCCUAUAAUCGGUGCGAAGCAUGCCUCCACACAGCCAAUCUCUAUGACAUUACUGAGGACCAGCUCCUCACAGAUCCCUUGGUCAGUCCCACCAUGCACCACCAACAGCAGCAGCAACCAGACGAAAUGUUUGGUCUGUACUGGCCACAGACGGAUGGACCACAUGUCCAAAAGAGAAACCGCCUGAGGUUGAGUCGUCAGCACUCUUUUGAUAACAUCAUGCUAGAAAAGCCCAAGGACAUAGACCUGGGUCGACCGGCACGUAGCGUCAGCCUCAAGGAGAAGGAUCGAUUCCUUGACUCCACGUCUGACUCGCACUAUGCGAACCUCUUCGGCAUGCGUCCCUACUCCGGCAGACUGUUUGGUACUGGCACCAAAUCAAUGUUUAACCACAACCUGGAGGAAAGCAAGAGGAGCAAGUCCCUGUACCCGGCCCAUGGCUCGGAAAACCCUUUCCUCAGCCACUCGCUGAGGGAUGACACCAGCAGCAGACUGGUCCAUGGGCGUAGCUCCUCUGAUAUUUACAAACAGCUGGCAGUGGCCUCACCUGCAGCAGUCCUUGGAGCGCCCCCCAUCAAAACACGCAACGAUGCGAACAAUCUCCGCUCAUCUGUUAAAUCUACCACCUCAUACUGCUCACGGGAUGGGCGGAUAGCCAAUGACAUGUAUAAUAAGGAGCAUGUGAUGCCUUACUCAGCCAAUAAGACUGGUGCAUACCAGGCCCCGCGUGGUGUCCUAAACUCAGCCCAGUUCAGCAAUAGACGGGUGUAUAAAAAAAUCCCCAGUUUGGAGUCAGAUGUUUAGUUGAUGUAAGAAAUAAUGUGUUCUCUCCUCUUUACUCCUCUCUGGGUUUGUAUUAUAAUUUAUCAACUAUGUUAUCCAACAAGGGAUGCCAUAGCCACACUACAUUUUUCUUCUUCUCUUUGACAUUGUAAUCGAAAAGAACUUGUGCCCACUUGGGUAUGACGGUAUUACUACUACUCACUUUGCAGAUGAUAUCAUCGUUUUUGUCCAUUCUCUGUCAUGUACCAAUGAGUUGGCUGCAUGACUGGCAAGUUGCCAAGGUAAGGUAUUCUGGUGCAAAGGGGAAGGUAAUCCUUCACCCCCUAGGAGUUAAAAAGGGAUAGGAAAUGAGAUUGUCCCAUUAGUGGGACAAAGAAGGCCUAAGUUACAGUAAAGGAGGACUCCUGAAGAUGUUGCUGAGAAAGAGGCGGUUGAUUUGUCAUUGAAAUGUGUGAGGAAGUGGCAAGGAGGAUGGGAAAAAUUAUAUUAGAAAGGAAUUAGAGGGAGAGAGAGGAGAUAACCUCUCUUUCAACCCUCCUGCUUCUCCUCUUUUUCCUUUCCACCUCCACUGUCAAGCUUGGGGCUCGCUAGUUGAGGAGAAAAGGCCUGACAGGGAGACCAGAUGGGCACGUUUGAUGUCACAGCCAGACAUGGAGGCGUCCCAGGAGGGCAGAGGCGUCACAGUGAGCUAGUCCAACGGUCUGCUGCUUGUUACUCUGACAAAUAUGGCCACUGAGACACCUGGCAGUGCAAGAGGAGAGAGAGGGAGAAAGGAGAUGAGCGACUAAAUGGCACUGAGCAAAGCCUCCAGUUGUUUUUGGCAGUUAGGUAUCGUGAGCUCAGAUAAGAUUUGAUAGAGUCAUGAUAGUUGAUGAAAAACUGAGAGUAAUGUAGGUGCUAUCAGUGAAUAAUGUUUACAGACAGACAGAUAAAAAAAACAGACAAAAUGACUUAUAGAAAAUGACAGAUAAGCAGGGAAUACCUUAGGCAAUCGAAGGGCAUUUCAUUUGUGACGCUGCACAUAGAAAAAUAAUUGCAAAGUAUUGCUUUUUUUAUUCUAUAAAACUAUAAGAUUUAUUGGGGAUUCUGGCAUCCGGAUCCCCCCUAUGUAGGAUUUUAGUGUUUGCUUAUUUGGUAGCACAAUAGCCAUUAGUUUUAAAACCUCUCUCCCACAUUUGCUUUUGAAAAAGCAUAGCUUUCUGAAAAAUACCAUCAAGAAUAGAUUAUUUUGCAUGUGUUGAUUUUUUUCUUUUAAUUAUUAUUUCUGUGUCAGAGAAGACAAAAUACAUGCAAAUACACUCUCAGACACUCAUUGUUUCUGAAAAGGGACUAUGUCUUACCAGAUAUGGUGGAUGGAUACUUGUACAAUCGAAACCUUUAUCCUUGACCUUUGUGCUUAGUAAAUCUGUGUCAUGCCUUGGUUCCCACUGCAAAAGAGUAAGAAAAUGUUGGAAGGGAAGAGAGCAAAGAUGAGAUAAACAAGGGAGAAAAGGAUGAAAUGACAACUGUGUCCAUCACCGCAUGGACUGGGCGCUGAUGUGUUUUUGUCUUUUGACCUCCCUGCCACUGAGAAACAGGGUAUUAGCUAUAAAAACCACUGAUGAUUCCUUCCUUCUUUCCUCCUUUUUUCUUCCCUUCUUCGAUCAACAUGAACACAUCACUGGAGUUUUGGGUAACUAUAAAACUACUUCAUUUUAUUUGUUUCGGUUUUUGUAAAAUUGAAUUUUGGCUGUUUGUUUGGUUGGUACAGUAGCAGUGUGGCAGUACUGUAUCCAACCGCCGCAACAGAGGGUAGGGUUAACAGUUAUUGAUCAUCAGUUACUGUUGAUCUAUAAUCAUCCAGGGAUCUUGAGGAUCUGAAGACUUCUUGAGACGGAUCCCUUGUUUACGUUCAUAGCGUUGUUUGGGAGGGAUGGAAUGGGUGGAGACGAGAUGGAAAGGAUGAAGCCAACGAGGCUCCACUGUUGUGUGCUCAUCAGUCAUGUAUCCAUCAUAAUAUGGAGUAAGUUGUGUGUGUGCAUGGCAGAACUUGGGUAAGCUUGAAGUCUUAACCAGAACAUUUGGUUCCUGAUUUGAUUGUUUCAGCAUCUGUUGUUGUUGCAUCUGUUUAUUUAUUCUUUUUCGUAACACUUAGCAGAAAACACUUGCACAUACUUGCGUAUACUUCCUUGUAUAUGUGUGCACACAAAGCCACUUUUUUGUAGCAUUAUACUGUACAAACUCUACAGUCAACAGAAAAAUCAUGUAUCCUUCUUUACUGACUUAUUGAUUUGCUUGGUUGAUUGGAUUCUCAAAGCCAAAUUCUAUCAAAUAAAAUACCUCAGGAUGAUUCUGUGCGGUUUGGGGGAGCUUCAACCGUAGCAACAGGACAUGAUGCGGUGCAGUUUUUUUGUUUUUGUUUUUUGUAGAAAAAAACUUAAAAAGAAAAAAAAGUAAAGCAACAACAUGAUUGAUAGCGGCCGCACUGCAGAAUCAAACUUUCCACCCUUUGAUGUUUACCUGUCCCAGGUCUUCCAGUUCGGCCGUUUGUCCGAACUCAUGCAACCCAACUUAAGAGAGAAAAAGAGGAAGGCAAGGAGAGAAAGGAGGGAUGGUGGGAGUGGGCUUAGAUCGUUUUGCUCAGUGAGGGUAUUGAGUGAAGCUCCACUCCUGAGCACCCUUAACAAAAUGGAAGAUGUUAACAAAAUGUCUAAAAUCUGCGAAGCUACCCUUAUAUGGUAUACUCAAACGGGAAUCUCUCUCUUUCCUCUCUAUGGUUUUUUAAGGCAGUUGACUGCAUAAGCCACUGUGUUUCAAUUGAAGCUCAAUGUUUAACAACCAUGGUCAUAUCACCCUUUUGUAUGCUUGGAAUACUGCAGUGAACCUCUUCUUGCUUUCCAAUCAACUUACCCAAUGUUGACUGACAAGCAACAUUUGUCUUUUUUUGCAUCUUAUCUGCAUUUAUUAUUAUUAUUAUCAUACUUAUCUCCACAUGCUGCUUGCGCGAGCUGACAAGUGAACAAUAUGCACAUGUAAAAAAUAUCAAACGGCACCCUCGCAUUUUAUGAACUCAUGAUGAUUUGUUCUCUUUGUUCUACUUUUACAGGACUGUCAUGUAAACUGAUGCUGUUUUAUGUUCAAACACACACACACACACACACACACACA